UCCUCAUCCUGUUCACCUUACUGUUAACGUUUCGCACUCGGUGUGCGUCAAACUUAAUCAGUCGUUCGUUGGACCGGCGAGUAGCUGGCUUCCUUUGUCGCCGUAGCCGGGCUUUUAAAGGAUGCCUCUUUGCAAUUUUUCUGUUGUCUUGAAUCCCGGCGAGCAAUGUCGGGAUGGGAUUGUGCUCUGUGAGGCCUUUCCCCCCCACCUCCUUCCUCCUGUAGAUUUGAUACACCUUUGUUGCUGCCAGGCUCCGGCUCGGUUGGGUAAUGUGAGCAUUUUGACUGUAUCCGCGCGUUUCGUUGUUGUAUAGCAGCGGCCCCCAGAAACACGCACAGCACUUCCACGACACGUUUGAUGGAUCAACUCGGGCGAGAUUUUGGGUAGCAUCGUUAGCCGCAGCGUUUGUUCGACGCUAGCUAGUGUCAACGGUAGCACGAAGCGGCUAACAGCGAGCUAGCGAGGACAAAGGGGACGGCAGUGUCAACAACACAAGAGUCUGUCAGUGUCGAGCCGAUGGUUAUGUCUUCAAAUCUUUUGUGUUUGUAGGGUACGCGUAAUGUAUCCACAUUUUAGAUGUUAGAAACGACUAACACGGCAGCAACCAGCUAAAAUGCAGCGUUGACUCAAAACAACACAAUACUACAGAGUUAAUUGUCUUUUAGCUGGAAAAAAGCCUCCAAAAAAUAGUGAACAUUGUUGUGCCAUUUUAGACAUUUGUCAUUGUUUUUUUUUCUCUUUUGUAUACCCAAAUGAAUAUUUAAACUCUGCUUUAAAAAGGCAUCAAGUAAUUUAUCUCAUACGCUUAUUACAAUAUCGUUGCUAUUGCAAACUAGAUUGUCCAUGACAGAAAUUGGAAUUAUUCUAAGAAACUCAAAUCUGCUGAAAUUGUAUAAAACGCCUGUUCUUGUUUCAGCUUUGUUCAAUGGUGCAGCCAAUGAGAAGCUUUGUGUUUGCCAGCGUCACGCAGAGCACGUAUAGCUGGACUGCCAUUGUUCUCUGACUGAAAACAAAUUUCAGUUUGCACAUGUAGUUGCGUGUUUUAAAGGUGCACAGAUCUGAGAUCUUGUGGCUGAAUUCUAAUUCACAGAUUUUGUAGGGCUUGUAGAGUACCAAUGUUAUUUUUCUGCUUUUUGCAUAUGUAGUUUUAAAAAUGUUUGUUGCGAAACAUUAUUUUCUUAACACAUUCCAAAGUUACAGCCUCAUGUAUAUGCAUAGUAAAUUCUCCCAGGUUCUUGUAUAGGGGUAUCUGCAUAAAUAAAACCAGGGGGAAAAAUGACAGCUUAUAUAUAUAUAUUUUUUACUUUUUUACAUGAUUUAUUUUCCAUAAGAUCUACUCAGAAUAAUCAGCUGCGUUCAACUUAAGAUCUGAAGAGGAAAGAAACAGAUGUGCUGCUGUUAGAUUUAGUGAUUCAUUAAUUUAUUGCAGGUGUAAAAGAGCUUUAAAAGGCCUCUCUGUCCAGAGUAAUAAUUAAUUUAUUGUUUUAGAACCAGAGGAAGUACUGCUCAGCACUUGGAACAGAAUCUCAGUGUCAUUUUAAAACAAAAACAACAUCAUACAAUUUGACAUAGCAGCCUAUUCUGUUCUUAGAGUUGCCCAACAACAAUCUGACUGUAUUCUCCAUCGAGAAGUAGAAUCUUACCUUUACCGUGGGAUUCCCUAGUCUGCCAAGAUUUUGUAAUCAACAUGUGAAAUGAAAGAUAUAGUUUAGCUCUUCAAAAAGCUAAAACAAAGUAACUUUAGAGUCAUAUGUUCCACUUGUUUUUUUUUGUUUUUUCCCCCUGUGUGAAAGCCUUUGUCUUUUCUCAGUGACGACUUCUACGCAGAAGAGUGUUGUCAAUGCAACCUGCAUCCUUACUGAUCAGAAAACAAGUCAUAUUUUUAGUUAUUGAUCAGUCAGUCAACAGUCGGAGCAGAAAUGAAUCAUAAAGUCUGCCAAUUGCGAGUGCAUAUCGAGACUAUUAUGGAACUAAUAGCAGCGGUGUAAUAAAACAUCACACUGAAUUUGCAGUCGUGUAGCAAGACUCUGAUUAGGAUCCUCGUGUCGAUUAGAUCAUUUCAAUGCAUCAGUUUUGUGUUUAGGGUCUAAAUAGAAGCUCAUGUCCCACAUGAGACAGGAUAUGAGGUCUGGGGUGUGUUGUUUGUCCACGUUGUGUAGACUGUGGUGUUUGUGAAAGGACACUGGGUCGCUCUUCCUCCUUGACCCAGAUUUUCAGCAAAGCUGUUGCGUCACUAGGCCAACUGUGCGUCUUACAGCCUCCACAAGGCCACUAUUCAUUACUCGAGAGUGAGGCUUUACUGUGCUCAAAGCAUCUUCUGGCCUUGGAUGCUCAGGAAGUUCUGUGGCAUCAAACGAGGGGAAAGCUGCAGCUGGGUCGUAAACAGCCUUGUGGGAGUUAUUAAUUAGCAUUACUGCUGGUAUCUUUUGCUCAUUCUCUUAUGUGGGUUUUACUUCUUGAUUUCUGCAGGUUUUUCUAUUUUGUACAUACAGAGUUUUGUAUAUACUGUAUAUGAUGAGCUUGCUGGGCGGCGACAAGGCCCGGGGUCCUCGGGAAAAAGCGCUGCCAGCGGCCCCUCACACACCACAGCCACAGAAGCAAAUACAGGCUACUGCUGAGCAGAUCCGGCUUGCUCAGAUGAUCUACGACAAGAAUGAUGCUGACUUUGAGGACAAAGUUAACCAGCUGAUGGAGGUGACUGGGAAGAAUCAAGAUGAGUGCAUGGUAGCGCUUCAUGACUGCAAUGAGGAUGUUAGCAGAGCCAUCAAUUUCCUCCUGGAGAGCACUUCGGACAUGACCUCAUGGGAGACAGUGGGGAAGAAGAAGCCUCUGGUGAAGGAGAGCCCAUCAGAGAGCAAAGAGAACAAGGAGAACCGGGAGAAGAAAGGGGAGCGGGAGGCAAGCAAGGGCCGCGCCUCGGCCAACCGCAAAGGAAAGGGGGCCAGUCGGAACCGGCAGGCACGUCCAGAGGAGAACGGUGUGGAGGCGACUCCACUGGACAAAGGUUCGGAUCGAGGUCGAAGAGCCAGGGGAAGCAGAGGGUCAGGAGGUCGGGGUCGAGGCAGAGCGCCACCCGGAAGCAGGUUCUCAGCACAGGGCAUGGGGACUUUCAACCCAGCGGACUACACCUCAGAGGCUGGGACUGGGACCACACAGACUGAGGGUUGGGACACAGCCAACAGCAACAACAACAGCAGCAGCACAGAUGGGACAGUUGCCUGGAAAAAUACCAUGGAAGACUGGACAGCUGAGGAGUGGAAUGAAGAUGUCAGUCUUUCAGAGACCAAGGUUUUCACCUCCUCAAGUGCACCUGCUGUUGAGAACCAUAUCACCCCUGGGCAAAGUCUGGACCUGGCUUCUCUGCUGCAAAAGCCUGGAGUAGGAGGAAGAGAGCCACCUUCCUCUUCUUCCACACCGAGUCUGGUCUUCACCAACUCCCACCACCAUCAGCAACCGCCGCCCAGCCGCAGCAUGACCAGCAGCACGAGCUACGCCCACGCUGCUCUGUCUUCGGUUCUGGGGGCUGGUUUUGGGGACUUGGGCCAAGCCAAGAGGCCUCAGCCUAGUGCUGGUGCUCAGAUCCUGGAACAGCUCAAGGGUCCCGGUUUGGGCCAGCUGCCCUCAUCCCAGGCUGCCCCCCCUGUCAGCACCCCAGGAAGCAACACCUCCACGGGUCGGCUGCCGGGCCUGGGAGCGCCGGUACCGCCGCCAUCAUCCUCAAACUGGGACAUGAAAGCUUCAGAGUCCAACAGCGUAUCCUUGUCCUCGCAGUUCAGUCGUGAAUUUGGGCUGCAGCCGGAGCCUUCUCUGGUACUGAGCCAGCUGGUUCAGAGGCACAGCGGCCCCUCCUUGCCUCUGGCGCGCCAGCCCAGUCCACCGAUGCAGCAGCAAGCAGCCCCUGCUUCAGCCUCGCCUGCUCCCCAACACAUCAGCACGCCAGCACAGGCCGGCCCGGUGACGGCUGCUGCUGGUGCUAAGCCUGGCGCUCCCAGUCCGGGGCUGGACUCCCACGGGAGCAGCACGCCACAGCAACAGCGGGGGCAGCUCAAAGGCCCGAAACGAAGGAUACCUCCUACAUCGAAGAUCCCAUCCACAGCAGUAGAAAUGCCAGGCUCAGCUGAUGUUCCAGGGCUAAACCUCCAGUUUGGAGCUCUGGACUUUGGUUCAGAGUCAGCACUGCCAGAGUUUGGGGUCGUGGACAACUGUGUGAGCGCGGUGUCUCGGGAGUCCACGCCGGCGCCCGCCCCAGCACCACCUGCAUCAGGACCAGGGACCCAAAGCCACACAAGUCUGUAUUCAAAACCUCUCAGUGAGUCGCUGGGCAGCUCUCUCUCAGUCGCCCUCCCUUCGCCCCUCUCGUCGUCUGAACCGGUGUAUCACUCCUCCAGCGCGGCCAUGCCCAGCCUCACACCAUCGUUGGGGGCAAACUGCCCCGCUAACCCUCCGUCGUCCACCUCAGCGACCUCAACCACCUCAUCUUCUGCACCUUCUACCUCCUCCCACUUCUCCUCAGUAGGGGGGAGUUACGAAGGUACAAUGCCCCCUCACAAUCGGCUUGCUUUUUCCCAGAGCAAGGACCCAACGGGGCCGGUGAUGAAUGGUCUGAAUGGUGUGAGAACUUCAGCUGCUCUAGACACGUCAUCGGCUUCUUCUACACCAAAACCAGAAUCGCCGUCUGUGAACAUCAACACCAACGGUCCCUCAGCGUCCUCCCACUUAACCCCCAACCUGUCCCCACACAGCUCCACCACGCUCUCCAGCCUAACACAGGACCUGCCGUCAGCUAACCAGCUGAACUCGCUCAACAGCCAUGUCAGCAGCCAUUCCUCGGUUUCAGCUCUGGGAUCAAGUUCUCUCACUUAUACGAGUGUGGACAGCAGCAACGUGAGCUCCCUCACUCCCUCGUCCAGCUCUUACACACCUUCACAGCCCACAAACUCAUCGCUCCACUCAGCCCACAACAGCAGCAAUAGUAGCAGCAUCAGCCACCUGGCAAACAUGCCCAGCAUGGGCAGCAACAUGAGCAGCACGGUCGGAGGCAUCACCGGCACCAGUGGAUUCCACUCGGCCGCCGCCAUCGCCACCAGCACGGCGCUGGGACUCGGCUCCAAUGGAGCCACCGCCGCGUCCAACCUCUCCGUACCGAGGACCACAGCGCUGCUCUCCUCCACUGGCAAAACUCCUCCCAACCUUUCCCAGGGAGUGCCUCCUCUACUACCAAACCAGUAUAUAAUGGGACCAGGGGGCCUGCUGCCCGCUUACCCGCAGAUCUACGGCUAUGAAGACCUCCAUAUGCUCCAGUCUAGACUGCCAAUGCCCUCUCUGCAGGAUUACUAUGGAAUCACAUUCCCUGGACCAACAGCAGCUCUCUCUGGCAGAGACGGGAGUCUAACCAACAACCAUUAUUCAGGUGACAUCACAAAGUUUCCCCGGAACGACUCCACCUCCCCAGCGCCCCCUACCAGCCUGGCAGCCCCCCAGCCUCCCCAGGCCCAAAGCCAAGGUCAGAGCCAGGCGCAGCCUCAGCCUCCCCAGGCGCAGCCCCCGGCCCAGCCACAGCACCACAGCAGCCAGCAGGCCUUUCUGCCGCCGGGCUAUAGCUACACGGGCCUGCCGUACUACCCCGGCGUGCCCGGCGCCGUGCCCAGCGCCGCCGCCUUCCAGUACGGCCCCACCAUGUUCGUCCCGCCCGGAGGCCCUGGGCCGGCCUCGGCGAAGCAGCACAGCAUGAGCCUGGGCCUGGGCAACCCCUCGGCCAGCCCCUUCCAGCAGCAGGCGCAGCAGCAGCCCAGCGGUUACGGCCAGCACGCCUUCAGCUCAGGUUAUGAGGAGCUGACAGCAGGGCCAGCGGGAGUAGAGUACAGUAAAGGUUACAACUCCUCUUCACAGGCACAAGCCAAAUCUGCUGCUGCAGGGCCUGGAAAAGGUGUCUCAGUGACAUCCAGUAACUCCGGCGUGCCAGACAUCAGUGGAAGUGUUUACAAUAAGACCCAGUCUUUCGAUAAGCAGGCUUUCCAUGCAGGGACCCCUCCUCCGUUCAGCUUGCCGUCGGCCCUAGGGGGUCCCGGACCGCUGAACCCCGGAGCAGCUCCUGGAGGCUAUGCACCCGCCCCAUUCCUCCACAUCCUGCCUCACCAGCAACCACACUCACAACUGCUGCACCACCACCUCGCUCAGGACGGACAGGGCGGGCCGAGCCAGCGUGGUCAGUCCAGCAGCCUGCAGCAGAAGAGCCAAGUCAACAAGUCGAGCUACGGCAGCUCCCCAUACUGGGCCAACUGAGACGGUUGCAUCUGCAGAGAGAAAGAGAGAAUGUGUGUGUGUGUGUGCGGACAUACACACACACGGGUUGAUAUCGCGCGAUCGUUGAGGGACAGAAGCGUUUUUACAACACAAGCUAAAAUAAACACACACUACCAUCCUCUCCCCCCCCUUUGCUCUGUAUAUCCCCCUUUUCAAAUUUAUGGCUGUUGUAUGUAAAAUAUAUUUAUGUAUUUAUACAGUAUAUAUGUAUUGGUAGGACAUAAAAUGUGGUUUUCUGCAUUGUUUUUAUUUUGAAGGACAUUUUAUUUCCAAAAAAGAAAGAAAGUGGAACGAUGAGAAUGCUAAACCAUGGAGAUAAAGUUGGUGAAUAUACUUGAACACAAGCAUCUUGUGAUGUGAUUUUUCUUUGUUUGCAACCAUAAGCUGAGAAUGGUGUACAUAGAUUAUACGCAUCAUUUUCGAAGCAAAAGGCCUUUUUUAUUAUUAUUAUUUUGGGGGCAGGGGGAACUAUGUUUUUGUAACUUUGGUCGCCCGCAUCUGUGAAAUCCUUAUACUGAGGGUGACUUUAAUAGCCUGACUUCUCUUCUUUCUCCCAGUUUCUUUCCAUUUGUCUCUCAUUCCUGAAUUCUUACUUGUUGGCUGGUUUGAUCAGCCAAGCCUUGGGUUUGAUGUCAUUUUAAUCCUUGUUGUCCAAAUUAAAAGUUAUUAACAGUU